UGUGCCGAUUGAUUAUCCGUUGUUCCCCUGCAUUCGAUCUCAACUCAUCGCAAUCUUUCCUUUUCGUUUUUGCUCAUUCUCCCUUCUUGUCCAUCAUAAAAUCGCUGAGACCAGGCGCGAAAGCGAGCUAGUAAACCAUGCAGAUCUCUUUUGGAAUACUCGCUGCCUUGCUAGGCGCCUCGUGGCUUGUCGCUGCCGCACCCGCUGAGCCGUCCGCCAGCGAUCUCGUGCUGGAUCUCAACGGCCAGGCGACGUUUGCGCUGGAGAAUGCUGAGGCGCAGCCCAGCAAACGAUCCGGCCGCAAGAUAUGCACAAUCGCCAACGCCGCUGUGCGCCGUGAUUGGAAAACCCUAUCCAAGAAGGAGAAGAAGGCUUACAUCAAUGCCGUGCUAUGCCUCCGUAAGAAGCCCUCCAAGGCUGACCCGGCUUUCGCACCUGGUGCCCGAACCAGAUAUGAUGACUUUGUUGCCGUUCACAUCAACCAGACCCUGAGCAUCCAUGGAACAGGCAACUUCUUCACCUGGCAUCGAUACUUCACUUGGGCCUACGAGAAGGCUCUCCAGGAUGAGUGCGGUUACAAGGGCACCCAGCCGUACUGGAAUUGGUUUGAGACUGGCGACUUUGCCACCAACCCUGUCUUUGACGGCUCUGAGACUAGUAUGAGCGGCGAUGGCAAGUACGUCAAGCAUAACGGCGCUCUCUCCGGCAUGCAGAACAUCUAUAUCCCCAGUGGUAGCGGUGGCGGUUGUAUUAAGACCGGCCCCUUCGUCGGUGCGGUCGCCAACCUAGGUCCCCCUUCUCCUGGUAUGGAUGGAAUGGAAGCCACUACGACUCCUCUUGAGUAUAAUCCCCGCUGUCUCCGUCGCGAUCUGAGCCACUAUGCCAUCGAUCGGUGGAUGACCCUGCCUAACCUAUAUAAUAUUACCCUCGGCGAUGCUUCGCAUAGCAUUAAGGCCAUGCAGGACGAGUUUCAAGGCCGAUUUGCCGACGAAUUUUUAGGCAUUCACGCCGCUGGUCACUUCGUCAUGGGCGGCGACUCAUCUGAUCUCUUCUCUUCACCUAAUGAUCCCAUCUUCUUCCUGCACCACUCCAUGGUCGACCGCAUCUACUGGAUCUGGCAGGCCCUACACCCUAAGCAGGCUAAGGAUAUUGCUGGUACUAUCACUAUCCUCAACAUGCCUCCCAGCAGAGACGCCGUCAAAUCUGAUCCCCUCAACAUGGGAGUUAACGCACGCCAGAUCACUAUCGGUCACGCGCUUGACACUCUUGGCGGCUCGCCCUUUUGCUACAUCUAUUCGUAGGAUACGACGGAACAUAGCUGCAGUAUUUGAGCGUAUUUAUAUAGGGCGUCAAUCGGCCACUCAUA